CUAGCUUCUGAGUUUUCCCUUCUUUUUAGACUGUUUUUUUUUUUUUUUUUUUUCCGCGCUGGCUUUUUGAAUCUUCUUAAUUUUUCAUCUCUCUAACAAACUCCUAUGAAGUUGAAACCGGGAAGUUUGCUCUAACAUUUCCAGAGAAGGUAUUAAGUCAUGAUGCAGGAAUCUGCGACAGAGACAAUAAGCAACAGUUCAAUGAAUCAAAAUGGAAUGAGCACUUUAAGCAGCCAAUUAGAUGCUGGCAGCAGGGAUGGGAGAUCAAGUGGUGACACCAGCUCUGAAGUAAGCACAGUGGAGCUGCUGCAUCUGCAACAACAGCAGGCUCUCCAGGCAGCAAGACAACUUCUGUUACAGCAGCAAACAAGUGGACUGAAAUCUCCUAAGAGCAGUGAUAAGCAGAGGCCACUGCAGGUGCCCGUGUCGGUGGCCAUGAUGACCCCCCAAGUGAUCACCCCUCAGCAGAUGCAGCAGAUUCUUCAGCAGCAGGUCCUGUCUCCUCAGCAGCUCCAGGCCCUCCUCCAGCAGCAGCAAGCUGUGAUGUUGCAGCAGCAACAACUACAAGAGUUUUACAAGAAACAGCAAGAGCAGUUACAUCUUCAGCUUUUGCAACAGCAGCAACAGCAGCAGCAGCAACAGCAGCAGCAGCAGCAACAGCAGCAGCAGCAACAACAACAGCAGCAACAGCAACAGCAGCAGCAGCAACAGCAACAACAGCAGCAGCAGCAUCCUGGAAAGCAAGCAAAAGAGCAGCAGCAGCAACAGCAGCAGCAGCAGUUGGCAGCGCAGCAGCUUGUCUUCCAGCAGCAGCUUCUCCAAAUGCAGCAGCUACAGCAGCAACAGCAUCUGCUCAGCCUUCAGCGCCAGGGCCUCAUCUCCAUCCCACCCGGCCAAGCAGCCCUUCCUGUCCAGUCGCUGCCUCAAGCUGGCUUAAGUCCUGCUGAGAUUCAGCAACUAUGGAAAGAAGUGACUGGAGUCCAUAGUAUGGAAGACAACGGCAUUAAGCAUGGAGGGCUAGACCUCACAACUAACAAUUCCUCCUCGACUACCUCCUCCACCACUUCCAAAGCAUCACCACCAAUUACACAUCAUUCCAUAGUGAAUGGACAGUCUUCAGUUCUGAAUGCAAGGCGGGACAGCUCAUCACACGAGGAGACUGGGGCCUCCCACACUCUCUAUGGCCAUGGAGUCUGCAAGUGGCCAGGCUGUGAAAGCAUAUGUGAAGAUUUUGGACAGUUUUUGAAGCACCUUAACAAUGAGCAUGCAUUGGAUGACCGAAGCACUGCCCAGUGUCGAGUGCAAAUGCAGGUGGUACAGCAGUUAGAAAUACAGCUUUCUAAAGAACGCGAACGUCUUCAAGCGAUGAUGACCCACUUGCACAUGCGACCCUCAGAGCCCAAACCAUCUCCCAAACCUCUAAAUCUGGUGUCUAGUGUCACCAUGUCGAAGAACAUGCUGGAGACAUCCCCACAGAGCUUACCUCAAACCCCUACCACACCAACGGCCCCAGUCACCCCGAUUACCCAGGGACCCUCUGUAAUCACCCCAGCCAGUGUGCCCAAUGUGGGAGCCAUAAGAAGGCGACAUUCAGACAAAUACAACAUCCCCAUGUCAUCAGAGAUUGCCCCAAACUACGAAUUUUAUAAAAAUGCAGAUGUUAGACCUCCCUUCACUUAUGCAACUCUCAUAAGGCAGGCUAUCAUGGAGUCAUCUGACAGGCAGUUAACACUUAAUGAAAUUUACAGCUGGUUUACGCGGACAUUUGCUUACUUCAGACGGAAUGCCGCCACUUGGAAGAAUGCAGUGCGUCAUAAUCUUAGCCUGCACAAAUGUUUUGUUCGAGUAGAAAAUGUUAAAGGAGCAGUGUGGACUGUGGACGAAGUCGAAUACCAGAAGCGAAGGUCACAAAAGAUAACAGGAAGUCCAACUUUAGUAAAAAAUAUACCUACAAGUUUGGGCUAUGGAGCAGCACUAAAUGCCAGUCUGCAGGCUGCCUUGGCAGAGAGCAGCUUGCCUUUGCUAAGUAACCCAGGACUGAUCAAUAAUGCCUCCAGUGGCCUCCUGCAGGCCGUCCAUGAAGACCUCAAUGGUUCCCUGGACCACAUCGACAGCAAUGGAAACAGCAGUCCGGGCUGCUCACCUCAGCCACACAUACAUUCAAUCCAUGUCAAGGAAGAACCGGUGAUUGCGGAGGAUGAAGACUGUCCAAUGUCAUUAGUGACAACAGCCAAUCAUAGUCCGGAGUUAGAAGAUGACAGAGAGAUUGAAGAAGAGCCUUUAUCUGAGGACCUGGAAUGAGAAUGAACUUGUGACACCUCAGUGUGAAGGGACAUAUCACUGACCUUCAUAACCACUCCACAACCAUGAAUAGUUGACAAAUUUUUACUGUGACUAUUUAUUAAGCAUGGAUAAAGGAGACAACCCUAAAGGAACUUACUAAGCCAGCCCUUUGGGAUUCAGAACCAACAGGCAAAUUGCUUGUUUUCUUCUCUUUCUGUCGUUAUUUUGUUUGUUUAUUUGAUUGAUUUUUACUUUCUUUUCUUAUUUUCCCUUUUUCAUUUUUUUUUUAAAAAAAAGGCAAAAAAAAAAAAACUGAUUUUCUUGGGAAAAGAAAGAACUGUUCUUUCUAUAAUGGCUUUGCCCAUUUAAAAAAUGUGGCUCUCAAGGGUUCAUGAAAUGACUGAGUAUGAGGAUCCAUGUCCUAUAGAAAGCAACUGCGCCUCAUAUACUGCCAAAAAUAGUGUUAGUUUCAUUAAUGUGAAAUUUCCAGCAUUCAGUAGUCGUAAUGUUAGAAACAAUUGCUGGUCAAGUUCAACUUGUUGCUAUUGUUUUUAAUUUGCACAGGAGUAGUAUCAGAAAUUAGUGUCACUGCUUGUAUCUAGCUGACUUUUAAACAACAGAACAUUAGUUUUUUAUGUUGGUGCCACCAACUGUAAAUGACAUAAGUUAGUUAUUACAAAACACAGUAAUUAGACUGUUGCAACCAUCUAAAACCUUAGGCUUCCAGUCUGUGCUGUUAGUGUAAAGGUGUAAAGUGCAAUCCUAAGCUAACAUUAUCUGUGCAAGCACCAUAGAAACAUUUGCAUAUCUGCAUAGAUCUUACAACUAUACUCUUUACCUCCUUGUGAUAAAGCUUUGUCUACCUGCAAACACAGUCAAAGGCUACAGCUGCAAACCAAAGCCAACUCUAACCAUGGCCAAGAGCUCAAGGACAGAAGCAGCCACAUGCUUUGGUCAGCCUUCUGUAACUUCAAUUAGUACAAAGGAACCUUUUCCAUGAACUACCUGCUGUUUUCUGAUGACCUCUGGGAUCUUUUCAUUUAGCCCUAAACAAAGAAACGAAUAUGACAAAACAAAAACAAAAACAAAAACAAAAACCCACAACUAAAAGAGUUCAUUCAGUCACAGAGUAAUCUUCUGAGGCCAAAAGUCCAUCUAAAUGCAAUGAAGAUUUGCUUUCAUUAAAGACAGAGGUGAGGACAAAAUCUGCAGUGGAAGUUAUGACACUCUAGAAAGCAACAAAUGUGGAUCACUGACCAAAACAAUUAUGUACUUGAUGCAAAUGCAGAUUGCGUAUUGUUAUAUAUAUAGUACAUUGCGUUUUUGUUUUCCCCAUCUUUUUGGUGGUGAGUUCAUGUUGUUAGAAGUACAUGUCUUGUAUGGUCUUAAUCUCUGUUGUGUACUAUUUUUUUAUAGUCUUAAGUUAUAAUAAAAAAAAACAAAACAAAAAAAAAAACAAAAAACAAAAAGUAGGAACCAAACAUAAAAGGUCUAGUAAAGCCAAAAAUUAAUUUCCUAUUGAUUUUAAAGUGAUCUAGCUGAGUUUUUACACUGAAAGCAAAGAUUAUAGCAAGUGUAGCCCAUGGUAUUUAUUUUCAGUCAAACCAAAGUUACAUAUAAUUCUGCCUCUGCUUAUACGGGAUAUGAACACUAACACACUCCCUUCAAAGACUUGUGCAGGCCAAAUUGUUGGAAUGCUGAUUUUCUUGACAACUCUAAACCCCAAAACUAUGAUAAGACGUUAUGGUGUAGUUGAAGAUAGCAUAGUCAGAUGUUUGCUUAAAACCUAGAGACUUUACGUGUUGCUUUUCAUGUGCUGUGCCAAGUCUUGAUAAUACUUUUUCCCCCAACCAAGGGACCUCAUAACCUGAUUAUGGUUAUUGCUUUACAAACAGUUUUGACAGAAGGUGGCUGCUAGAGCUUAACAAAUAUCCCGGUUCCAUGUGAUGGAGCCGGUUCUUGCAAACUAAGCUCAAUGUUUAUCCUUUGCUGAAGUCAGCAAAUAGAGUUAGAGAGAUACCCAGUCAUCUAUCACACCAAAUAAAAGGACAUAACGGCUUUCAAAGGGUUUUCCCACUUACCCAAAAGGCUUUCUGAAAGCUUCUACCUCUGCAAAAAAGAAAAAAGAAAAAAAAAAAAAA